CUAGCCAGGUAACAGUUCUGAUACACUAGCCAGGUAACAGUUCUGACAUAGUAGCCAGGUAACAGUUCUGAUACACUAGCCAGGUAACAGUAAUGACAUAGUAGCCCAAUUAUGGCUACAAUUCCAAGGACACUUAACCCCGUGUUAGACAGAACAUCACAAGGGCAUAACUUUGGAUGUCAUUAAGUAUUUGAGGAUCUUACACAGUAUAUGUUUCAUGGUAGUACGAGUACCUUUCCUGAAAGCACAAUGUCCUGCCUGUUUCUUCCCCAGCAUUGGAGAGGGAAAAGCCAAUCUUAAUGUGAUGGGAGUGGGAAGUGGAGCAGGUGAGAUUGACCUUGAGAUGUUCUCUCAGCUGCAUCUGAAGCAUCCUUCAGUAACCGUGGACAACCAGGUGGUGGAACCCAGCGCCCAGCAGCUCCACCUCUAUAAGGUGUUGGUGUCCCAGAAACCAAACCUAGACUACAUUAAAUUCACUUGGAACAAGAUGACGGCCACUGAGUUUGAGAAGCACUGGAGAGAGAACCAUUUGACCAAGAAGAUGGACUUCAUUCACAUGAUACAGAUGUUGUAUUACGUGAAGGAUCCAGGUGCUACAGUCACAUUCUACCAGAGCCUCCUGGACAGGAAUGGAAAACUACUUGUAAUUCUGGUGUCUGAUGAGAGUGGCUGGGGAAAGCUGUGGAGGACCUUCAGGACCCAGCUGUGUAACACAGAGAUCAGUCAGUGUGUGACUACAGGUGAUAUUAAAGCCUACCUGGACUCUAAGACAGUGAGUUACCAGAGCUACAAGCUGCCGUCUCAGAUGGAUAUCACUGAGUGUUUCACUGAGGGGGACCAGAGAGGAGAACUGCUUCUGGACUUCCUGACUGAGGUGUUAGACUUCAGCUCCACUGCUCCUCCGGAGCUGAAGAGAGGAGUUCUAGACCUGCUGAAGACCCCAGACUGUAGCAAGGAGGUGGAUGAGAGGGUCAUCUUCAAUAACACCUUGGAGGUGCUGGUGGUUGACCCUCUACAGUAACACAGGAAUAGAUGUCAAAAUGCUGUAGCAACAAUGUGUAUCACUGAUAAACACGGAGUAUACAAAACAUUAGGAACACUUCCUCUUUCCAUGACAUGGACUGACCAGGUGAAAGCUAUGAUCCCUUAUUGAUGUUACUUGUUAAAUCCACUUCAAUCAGUGUAGAUGAAGGGGAGGAGACAUGUAGAUGAAGGGGAGGAGACAUGUAGAUGAAGGGGAGGAGACAUGUAGAUGAAGGGGAGGAGACAUGUAGAUGAAGGGGAGGAGACAUGUAGAUGAAGGGGAGGAGACAUGUAGAUGAAGGGGAGGAGACAUGUAGAUGAAGGGGAGGAGACAUGUAGAUGAAGGGGAGGAGACAAGUUAAAUAAGGAUUUUUAAUCCUUGAGGCAAUUGAGACAUGGAUUUUUAUGUGUGUGUCAUUCAGAGGGUGAAUAGGCUAGAUGAAAGAUUUCAGUGCUUUUGAAUGGGGUAUGGUAGUAGGUACCAGGUACACCGGUUCAUGUAAAGAACUGCAAUGCUGAUGGGUUUUUCACAUGUUUCAAGAAUGGUCCACCACCCAAAGGACAUCCAGCCAACUGCGGGAAGCAUUGGAGUCAACCUGGGCCAGCAUCCUUGUGGAACGUUUUCCACACCUUGUAGAGUCUGUGCCCCGAUGAAUUGAGGCUGUUCUGUGGGGUGCAACUAAUUAUUUGGAAGGUGCUCCUAAUGAUUGGUAUAUUCAGUGUAUGCAUGAAAGGCUUGUUGUGGUAUUCAUUCAAUUACCUGAUUCCCGUCUGCCCACCAAGAUCCCACACCUGGAACUUCAGGUUCUUGUACGUCACUGUCUCCAUGUUGAAGCCGAUCACUGUACAACACAAUGACAGAGAUGAAACACCUUAAACACACGUCAAAGAAAGAUAUUGUGGAAAGACUAUUUAUUAUUCGAGAGGGGGGGGGGGGGGUUCCUAAUGUGUGGUAUAAUCAGUGUAUAAAGUCAGUACUUCAUCCAUCACAAAUAAUGUUUGUUGUGUGAAAACAAUUUGUUUUACCUUACUUUAACAACACAUCAGAACCUAAAACAUGAUACACAGUUGCUUUCAGGGGCACUACUUUGGUUUUAGAAGUUGGAAAAGUAAGCAAAAAUGCCCACAGUCAUCAAGCAAGAUAAGAGAUAAUUAUUAAAUAUGUUUUAAGUGAUUGAUAAAACUGAACUAGAUGCAAGGUAAUUUAAUAAUCAAUAUUGUGUUGCACCUUUAACCAAUAGUCUAACAAAUGAACAAGACUUAAAAAAAUAAAGUACAAAGACUUUU